UAUAGUUUUAAAUAAAUAUUAUACUGUUUAGUGCUAAAUAAAAUGCACAUAAAACAGAUUAUAAUACAGGGCUUCAAGAGUUAUAAGGACCAGACGGUGGUGGAACCAUUUGACAAGCGUCACAACGUUGUUGUUGGGCGCAAUGGCUCUGGCAAAAGUAAUUUCUUCUACGCUAUACAGUUUGUGCUGAGCGAUGAAUUUACGCAUCUGCGCACUGAGCAGCGCCAGACCCUUCUGCAUGAAGGCACAGGAGCGCGCGUUAUAUCGGCAUAUGUUGAGAUAAUAUUUGACAAUUCGGAUAAUCGUGUGCCCAUCGAUAAAGAGGAAAUUUACUUGAGACGCGUGAUUGGAGCAAAGAAGGAUCAGUAUUUUUUGAACAAGAAAGUUGUGCCGCGCAAUGAGGUUGUCAAUCUACUCGAAUCCGCUGGGUUCAGUAGCUCCAAUCCGUAUUAUAUUGUAAAGCAAGGCAAGAUUAAUCAAAUGGCCACUGCGGCAGACUCCUACAGGCUGAAGCUGCUACGUGAGGUGGCGGGCACGCGAGUCUAUGAUGAACGCAAAGAGGAGUCUUUAAAUUUGCUGCGUGAAACUGAUGGCAAGGUGGAGAAAAUAAGUGAAUAUCUCAAAACCAUAGAGGACAGGCUGCAGACGCUUGAGGAGGAAAAGGAAGAGCUAAAGGAGUAUCAGAAGUGGGACAAGACGCGACGCACGCUGGAAUAUAUACGCUAUGAAACGGAGCUAAAGGACACCCGACGAGCGCUAGAAGAGCUGCAAAUUCAACGUAAAAGCUCAUCAGACAAGAAGAAGAACUACAACAUUGAGAUUCAAAAGGCGCAGGAAAAGAUCAAGGAAGUACAAAAGAACCUCAAGGAAGCCAAGAAAAAGGUGACCAGCACCAAGGAGGAGCGCAGCGUGCUGAUGACCGAGCAACAGCAGCUGCUGCGGGAGAAAACGAAACUGGAUCUAACUAUAAUAGAUUUGAAUGAUGAAGUGCAAGGCGACAACAAGUCUAAGGAGCGCGCUGAUCAAGAGCUGAAGAACUUGAAGGAGACCAUAGCAGAUCGUGAAAAGGAACUAGAUGAUGUAAAGCCCAAAUAUGAGGCAAUGAAACGCAAGGAGGAGGACUGCUCGCGUGAAUUGCAAUUGAAGGAGCAAAAACGCAAGGAGUUGUAUGCAAAGCAGGGACGUGGAUCACAGUUCUCCUCACGUGAAGAUCGCGACAAGUGGAUACACAAUGAGCUCAAGUCCAUAAGCAAGCAGACCAAGGAUAAGAUAAAUCAUCAUGCCAAACUGGUGGAGGAUUUGAAAAAGGAUGCUAAUUCGGAAAAGGAUUUGGGCACCAAGAUCGAAGAGCACAGCUCAGAGCUGGAACAGCUGCGUCUGCAAAUCGAUGAGCAUAACAAAAAGUACUAUGAGCUGAAAAAGACGAAAGACCAGCAUCAGUCCAUGCGCAACGAGCUCUGGCGCAAGGAGACACAAAUGACGCAACAGCUGCAAACACAAAAGGAGGAGCUUUCACGUGCGGAUCAAGCGUUGCGCAGCAUGGCGGGCAAGCCUAUACUCAAUGGCUGCGAUUCCGUGCGCAAAGUGCUCGACAGUUUUGUGGAGCGCGGCGGCAACUCCGCAACCAUAGCGCGGGCCUAUUAUGGCCCCGUUAUAGAAAACUUUAGCUGCGACAAGACCAUUUAUACGGCCGUGGAAGUGACAGCCGCAAAUCGUCUCUUUCACCAUAUUGUAGCUUCGGAAUUCGAAGGCACACAAAUACUCAAGGAAAUGAAUAAGCUGAAGCUGCCGGGUGAGGUCACCUUUAUGCCACUGAAUCGUCUGCAGGUGAAAAUACACGACUAUCCAGAUGAUCCGGACUCCAUACCCAUGAUAUCAAAGCUUAAGUAUGAUGAGCAGCAUGACAAGGCGCUGCGCUAUAUCUUUGGCAAAACGCUGAUCUGUCGUAAUCUGGAGCGCGCCACCGAGCUGGCCAAGAGCACGGGCCUCGACUGUGUGACACUGGACGGUGAUCAGGUCUCCUCAAAGGGAUCACUCACGGGCGGCUACUUCAAUACCUCACGCUCUCGCCUCGAGAUGCAAAAGAAGCGGACAGAGUAUACGUCACAGAUAACGGAGUUUGAGAAGAAGCUGAACAAACUGCGCAACGAACUUAAGUCCACGGAGAAUAAUAUUAACUCAAUUGUAUCCGAGAUGCAAAAGACAGAAACAAAGCAGGGCAAGUCGAAGGAUGUGUUCGAGAAGGUGCAGGGCGAGAUUAGGCUGAUGAAGGAGGAGCUGGUGCGCAUUGAAAAGUAUCGUGCGCCCAAGGAGCGAUCGCUGGCGCAAUGCAAAGCCUCGCUGGAGGCCAUGAACAGUACCAAGGCUAGCUUGGAGGCGGAGCUCAAGCAGGAGCUUAUGUCCACGUUAUCCUCACAGGAUCAGCGUGAGAUUGAUCAAUUGAAUGAUGAUAUCCGUCGCCUGAACCAGGAGAACAAGGAGGCAUUUACGCAGCGCAUGCAGCUGGAAGUGCGCAAGAAUAAGCUGGACAAUUUGCUUAUUAACAAUUUGUUUAGGAGACGUGAUGAGCUUAUACAGGCGCUGCAGGAGAUUUCGGUGGAGGAUCGCAAGCGCAAGCUUAACAAUUGCACAACCGAGCUGAGCGCCACAGAGAAGCGGAUUAAGAAAGUCAAUGCGGAUCUGGAGGAGAUCGAGAAGCGUGUCAAUGAGGCAGUGCAGCUGCAGAAGCAACUGCAGCUCGAGCUGGAGACGCAUGUGCGCAAGGAAAAGGAGGCCGAGGAGAAUAUUAACAAGGACAGCAAACAGCUGGAGAAGUGGACGACCAAAGAGAAUAUGCUGAAUCAGAAGAUUGACGAGUGCACCGAAAAGAUUGCCAGUCUGGGUGCCUUGCCGCAAGUGGAUGCCUCAUAUGGUCGAAUCUCAUUGAAGAACAUUUUCAAGGAGCUGGAGAAAGCCAAUCAACACCUCAAGAAAUACAAUCAUGUUAAUAAAAAGGCGCUCGAUCAGUUCUUAAGUUUCUCGGAGCAAAAAGAGAAGCUCUACAGGCGCAAAGAGGAGCUGGAUAUUGGCAAUAAAAAGAUUCAUAUGCUCAUCCUUUCGCUGGAGAUGCAGAAAGUCGAGGCCAUUCAGUUUACCUUCAGGCAGGUGGCACAGAACUUUACCAAGGUGUUCAAAAAGCUGGUGCCACAAGGUGCGGGCUUUCUUAUAUUGAAGACGAAGGACAAUGAAGGUGAGGAGAUGGAAAAGGAGGUUGCAAAUUCGGAUGCAUUCACUGGCAUUGGCAUACGUGUCUCCUUUACGGGCAUUGAUGCCGAAAUGCGUGAAAUGAAUCAACUCUCAGGUGGCCAGAAAUCUCUGGUAGCAUUAGCCCUUAUUUUUUCUAUACAAAAAUGCGAUCCGGCGCCGUUCUAUCUAUUUGAUGAAAUCGAUCAGGCUUUGGAUGCCAUGCAUCGAAAGGCGGUGGCGGAUAUGAUCCACGAGUUAAGCGAUACGGCACAGUUUAUUACGACGACAUUCCGGCCGGAGUUGCUGGAGAAUGCGCACAAAUUUUACGGUGUACGUUUUCGCAACAAGGUCAGUCACAUUGACUGUGUGACCCGCGAGCAGGCCAAGGACUUUGUGGAGGAUGACAAUACACAUGCCUGAUGGUACAUCAAUACCCCCAGGCCCCCCUCCACUCUAAGUCCUUUCCCAUACAUUCGCGCAUUUCUUAGUUUUUUAAGUCAAAAAGUUGAGUUGCUUUCUCUGCAUUAUUUUAAACAUAAUUUUUGUG